CAGUAAAGUAAUGUAUUGGGGGGUUCCUAACUUCAUCCUUUCAGCUGUAUCCUUAUACUGUAUGCACCUGUCGACAGUUAUCUCCAACUUUCUUUAGUUCUUUGGCAGGGGGGAUACAAGGUCACAAGGGAGGGGCCAUAAAAGGAUUUACUUUAAACUUAUAAGUAGUUAAGUAUUACAGAAUCACUAAUGUUGUUGUUUACAAAAACCAAAAAUGUGCUAGUAGGUGGUUAGCAAGCAGUAAGUAAAGAGUUUAAGUAGUCAAUGUACAAGUGUGGAUGUUAAAAUGCAAUGACAUUAGAAUGAUAGAGCAAGGAAGAUUAGUUUCUGUUAGUUAAUUCCAUGUGUGUGGAUUAGAUUUUUAACAUUGAUUUUUAACACAUUUUCUAUUAACACGUUUGCUAUUGUCUGUUCCGUUAACAGUUCUUUGACAGAUACCUUCAGUAGUUUUUUGUGUAGUUUGUGGCGGGCCAGUAGGGGGCGUUCCUGCGUUGAGCCACCCACCUCCCUGCACGCGACCACCUUCCAGGCUCCGAGUGCCUCCCACGCUCGGACUUGACGAGCGUGAAGCUGACGCUGGUCCUGACUCGCCGGUCAAAGAUUACUGGGAAAUUCAGCUCCUAUCAAUAUUCCAGGUUCUCUUGCUCGUUCCUCAUCUUUACAUUCAUCAUCUUCCCUUUUAACCUCUCCACUCAGUUCUCUUUCACAGUCGUUGUCUCAGUCUUUUAUUUCAUCCACUAUGGCUCCUCACCAACAGCAGCCUCAGCCUUUGAAAUCAGAACAUAGCAUGUUAGGCACCUCAGCCUCUUCUCAUAACUCUUUAGGUUUAAAUGGUGUUACAGGUAGCAUUUGGGAUUUUGUAACUGGGAGCUUCUCUCCUAGUCCCUCUCCUGUCUUGAGCAGUGGUACCACACCCUCAGCAAGUUCAAGUACCAGUGGAAGUGAGUUAACUAGAGUUAGACAGGAACUGGAUGACGCCAAAAGAAAAAUAAAACAAUGGAAAGAUUCUUGGCGACAAGUAAAGCAGGCAUGUGAUGCAUGGCAAAAAGAGGCCCAAGAGGCCAAGGAACGUGCUAACGUGGCAGACACGGAGAAACAGCUAGCCCUUCGGAAAAAAGAGGAAGUGGAAAAUAAGUUUAAAAACCUUCAGGAACAGUUUGUGUGUCUAUCCACUCCAUUGCCUCAUCUGAAAAGCUAUGGAGAUAUAGAAACAAUACCCUUACCAAAGCUUCAUUCUUUACGAAGUCAGCUCCAUUUGGAUUUAGAAACAAUAGAUGAGGUAAUUUUUCAGAUCCAUUCAAAGAAGUGUGUUGUAUGCCGAGAACAUAACCGUAGCAUUGUCCUGCAGCCGUGCCAACAUUAUGUCCUUUGUGAACACUGUGCAGCUAAACAACAAGAAUGUCCUUGCUGCAAGACAACAAAAAGUAAAUGGUGACAGUGUGUCAUGGUACUUAUGUAAUGUUAAUGAAUUAAAUAUUUUAUGUUCUAGUAUUUUAUAUAAAAAUUGUAUAUGUAGUUAUUAAUCCAUUUACUAGUGCUAGACUGAUCUCCAUUUUGACUUCUUAAGAGACGUUCUUUCCUGUUUCCCUAAUAUAGGAAAAGCGGUUUGGCUGCCUUUACUUGAUUUCUUUCUAUGAUGAUGUUCUAAAGUUCCAUAUUUAUUCCUUUCUUCACUUGGCCUUUUCAAUUUUUACUUGCAUUCCUGUUGCACAGGCUACUCAAGUUCAGUUCUUCAAACAUACUCAUGUCUUAAGGGUCCUUACCCACAAUGCCUGAAUGAGGGAUUUAUGCUUCUACUCUGCAUCAGAAUUCAUGGAAGUUACCAUGUAAAUACAGUGCUUGAUAAUAGAAGGACCCACCCUUCACCUUGUGUCUAUGGUGUGCUAUAUAGUCCAGUGCCAGUAUUUUGGAGUCAGUCUAACACUACUGUUUACUUGGCUAUUUGAAGAAAUUUGAUUACCGUAAAAGCACUUUGUUAACUUUUUUUAAAGAGGUUAUGUUAUAAAUUGCUUUAAGCUGCUUUCUAGGUUUUAUGUUUGUUUUUUAAUAUGCGAUAAAAUGAAGCUUUUUAUGUGUACUGUGAAUUUAAAAUAUUUCAUAUCAGUUUUAUUGUUAAAUCAUAGUAUGGUAAAUAUGGAGUUAGAUUUCAUACUUUGACUUUAUUACUUAUUAAAUGAACAAUUAAAGAAAAAUGGGAAUUGCCUAGAAUUUUUACAAUUUUCGCGUUAACUUCAAACUAAUAGUGUUUAUAAGUCUACCAGCAGAGAGGAUAACGCUGAAAGGCACAUAGGCUUACAUAUUCAGAUACAUGUCUAAUUUUAUUAAACAAAUCAGUUUUCUCAAAUGCUUGUGCAUUUUGCAUUACCCAGUUUGGAUGUUUGUAGUCUGAAGAGAAGUAUGCCUAUAACUCCUAGCUGGUGUGGUACCCAGUAGGAACUGGUCACUUUUUUCAGAUACCUAUCCUUUGCAUCCACUAAAAUUGCAAACGACAUGAAGGAAAUGUCUCUUGUAAACAAUUUCUAUUACUUAAUUAAAAUGAUCACCUUUGUAUAAAAAUAAAAUUUCAGUAUAAUACCUUGCAAUGAACAAAAUAUCAUAGUUUGUUUUUAAAGGAAGGGUGUGUGUGCAUGUGUGUAAUGUGCGUGUGUA